AUGCCGGUACCGCCCUCGCGACGACCGAGCCAAAUCUUUGCCAGCUCGUCAUCAGCCCCAACGUCUGCGGGCGGCGAUGACUCGGCGGUGAUAGUGCUGAUCACGACCAACAAGCAGGAAGAGGCGGAGAGCCUGGCCGAAUCGAUGCUGCAAAGCGACUUGAUCGCCUGCGCCAACCUCGUCCCCAAAGUCACUUCCAUAUACAAGUGGCAGGGCAAGGUGGAAAAGGACCAGGAGAUCCUCAUGGUCUGCAAGACGCUGUCGAGCAAGGUGCCGGACCUGACCCGGUUCGUGUGCUCCACCCACUCUUACGACGAACCCGAAGUCAUUGCCCUCGACAUCAAGGCCGGUUCCAAAGGCUACCUCGACUGGAUCAGGCAGAGCGUCGGUGCUCCCGCCUAG